GUUCCAUCUCUUUGUUCAUCUGCUUUCGGUUUUCUUAGCAUCUAAGCUACCUCUUUAUUCCAUCUUUAUUUUUUACAUAAUUUUUUCCCAACCAAUCACAUUUUUAUAUAUACAUAUAAAUUUUGUGUGUUUCAUGAGAGAAGACAAUUAUGAGAAAUUCAAGAAGAUCCAAGAUGGUCACAGAAAUAAACACCAGUACUAAUUCACAGCGACAAAAAUUCGGCAACUUUUUGCAGUCCGAUCCAAACAAUAAUGAAGAUCAUUUAUUUCGGAUCACAAAAUCCUCCGAAGCAACUCCUGCUAAUGAUCAAGACUACCUUCCUCCUCUUUCGCCUGAAAAUGCAGACAAUUCACCUUAUACUCCUUCAUGGAACCAAACAUCCCCAUUUAACAAGUCCCCGUGGUCCUCCAACCCCUUCACCGGCUCCGGCAACGAUUCUUAUGCUUACACCGGCCUCAUGGGCUCGCUCGUCCGCGAAGAAGGCCACAUAUACUCUCUCGCUGCCUCCGGCGACUUGUUAUACACCGGGUCGGACAGCAAGAAUGUCCGAGUGUGGAAGAAUCAGAAGGAAUUUUCUGGGUUCAAAUCGAAUAGUGGAUUGGUUAAGGCCAUUGUCAUCUCCGGCGAACGAAUCUUUACCGGUCACCAAGACGGGAAGAUCCGUGUCUGGAAAGCUUCCAACAAGAAUGCAACCGUUCACAAGCGAGUCGGGACUCUACCCACCAUGAAAGCUUACAUAAAAAGCUCGAUGAAGCCGAGCAAUUACGUCGAAACGAGACGGAACCAUAAUGCGGUGUGGAUCAAGCAUUUUGACGCCAUUUCAUGUCUGAGCUUGAGCGAAGACCAAACCCUUUUGUAUUCUUCUUCUUGGGACAAAACCUUGAAAGUUUGGAGAAUAUCAGACUCAAAAUGUCUUGAAUCAAUCAAUGCACACGACGACGCCGUUAACUCCGUGGUCGCCGGAUUCGGGUUGGUGUUCACCGGAUCGGCGGACGGGACGGUGAAAGUGUGGCGGCGAGAGUUACAUGGUAAAGGAACCAAACACUUCUUCUCACAAACACUCUUAAAACAAGAAUGUGCCGUGACAGCGUUGGCCGUUAAUCCGACGGUAAUCUACUGCGGCUCGUCGGACGGGCUUGUGAAUUUCUGGGAGAGUGAGAAGCUGCUCUCUCAUGGCGGUGUGUUGAGGGGUCACAAGCUGGCAGUGCUGUGUUUGGCUACGGCCGGGAAUAUGGUGUUCAGUGGAUCUGCAGAUUCGAAGAUAUGCGUUUGGAGGAGGGAGGGGGAGGAUCACACGUGCGUGUCGGUGUUGACGGGUCACACCGGGCCGGUGAAGUGUUUGGCGGUGGAGCAAGAGGAUAGUUCGGGUGGCGGAGGUGACGAUGGGAGCUCGUGGGUGGUGUAUAGUGGGAGUUUGGAUAAGUCGGUGAAGAUAUGGAGAGUGUCAUCACAAAUGAUAAAUCUGGUGCAAACACAACUACGAUUUCACGACGAAGGGUUGUCUACGGCGAAGAGGUCACCCUCUUAUUCGUCUAAGCCGCAAAGGUUACCCUCUUAUCAGAGUGUUUCGUCUCAAGGUAGCAGAAUGGGUGAGUAUAAAAAAUGGUAGAGAAGAUCGAGGAAGAUCACCUGUCUAUGAAUUGUGUAACAAAGUUUGAAGAGUUUACAUUUAGAUUUUUUUUUUGAAUUUAAUUGAUUAAUUUCUUGUAGAAAUUAAGAUCAAUUUAGUCAGUGGAUGGAUGUAAAUUUUUUAGCUGUUUUUUUUCAUAUAUUUGUCCUGGAGUUUUGAAUGAUCAAAUAUAUAUAUAUAUAAAGGAAAAGGUUAAUAGUUA